GCUCCACCCCAUGAGAAUGUGCUUAUGGUCCAUCUCCUUAAUGGCCUCCCAGCUCCAUUUUAAAAUCCCUUGAUGUAGUGACUCCAUUUUAUUUCAUAUUUCACAGUCCUUUCUCCUAAUUUUCUUGGAAUCUAUCAUCCUCUCCCUAUAUGAGAAGUUUAACUCUGUGAUCUGAGACUUCCCACUGAUUGGGAAUGAGAUGUAAGCCAGGAGGCAAGCCUGAGGCCGAGAAGCCCCCAGGGAUGGCAGAGUCUCCUGCAGGACUGGAUGUGGCCAGGGCUGAGGUCAAGGCCCCGAGGGCAGCCGUGGGCAAGGUGGAUGGAAAUGAGACCAAGAGAAAAAAAUAAGUGGCUUCAUAACCUCACUUUAUCCAGAGAGUGGAAAAUAAAAUGCAAGAUUCCAAUCCCUGCCCUUCCAUUUCAUCUUUGAAAAAUACAGGAAGAGGUGGGCUGUUUUGGCUUCCUACCAUGGAUAAGGAUCUUGAAGGAGGAACUUGGCAGACCUUCUCCAUUCCCUGGGGCUUCGGCAAGGCAGUAGAGGAGGAAGGAGCACACAUAUGCCAAUCCUCUUCUGAAAUGCACCCCUUCACAAGGGUAUCCAGCCACAGGACGAAGUCUUCAGGCUGGCCACCUCCCUCGGGAACCUGGGGCUUGAACCAGGUACCACCCUAUGGAUGGGAGAUGACGGCAAACCGGGAUGGCCGAGACUGCUUCAUCAAUCACAUGACGCAAGCAAUCCCAUUUGAUGACCCUCGGCUGGAGAGCUGCCCAAUCAUCCCUCCAGCCCCACGGAGGGUGGAGAUGAGGCGGGACCCUGUGCUGGGGUUUGGUUUCGUGGCAGGGAGUGAGAAGCCCGUGGUCGUCCGCUCAGUAACACCAGGUGGCCCAUCUGAAGGCAAGCUGAUCCCGGGAGAUCAGAUUGUAAUGAUCAACGAUGAGGCAGUCAGCGCCGCACCAAGGGAGCGAGUCAUCGACUUAGUCAGAAGCUGCAAAGAGUCGAUACUCCUCACUGUUAUUCAGCCUUACCCUUCUCCCAAAUCAGCAUUUAUUAGCGCUGCAAAAAAGGCAAGAUUAAAGUCCAAUCCAGUCAAAGUACGGUUCUCCGAGGAGGUCAUCAUCAAUGGCCAAGUGUCGGAAACUGUUAAGGAUAAUUCACUUCUUUUUAUGCCAAAUGUCCUGAAAGUCUAUCUGGAAAAUGGGCAAACCAAAUCAUUUCGCUUUGACUCCAGCACCUCCAUAAAGGAUGUCAUCUUAACCCUUCAAGAGAAGCUCUCCAUCAAAGGCAUCGAACAUUUCUCCCUCAUGCUGGAGCAGAGGACGGAAGGGGCCGGAACAAAGCUGCUUUUGCUUCAUGAACAGGAGACCCUAACUCAGGUCACCCAGAGGCCCAGCUCCCAUAAGAUGAGAUGUCUUUUCCGAAUCAGCUUUGUCCCAAAGGAUCCAAUUGACCUUUUAAGGCGAGAUCCAGUUGCUUUUGAGUAUCUGUAUGUUCAGAGUUGUAACGAUGUCGUUCAGGAGAGGUUUGGGCCGGAGCUGAAAUAUGACAUAGCCCUGAGGCUGGCAGCGCUGCAAAUGUACAUCGCAACCGUGACCACCAAGCAAACGCAGAAAAUCUCUCUCAAGUACAUCGAAAAAGAAUGGGGAUUAGAGACUUUUCUUCCCUCUGCUGUGCUGCAAAGCAUGAAAGAGAAGAACAUAAAGAAAGCACUUUCACACCUUGUCAAAGCAAAUCAAAACUUGGUACCACCCGGUAAAAAGCUCUCCGCACUGCAAGCCAAGGUCCAUUAUCUCAAGUUCCUCAGUGACCUCCGACUGUAUGGGGGCCGUGUGUUCAAGGCAACAUUAGUGCAGGCAGAAAAGCGCUCAGAAGUGACCCUCUUGGUGGGACCCCGCUAUGGCAUAAGCCACGUCAUAAACACCAAAACCAAUCUGGUGGCUCUUUUAGCUGACUUCAGCCAUGUCAACAGGAUUGAGAUGUUUACUGAAGAGGAGAGCUUGGUGAGGGUGGAGCUCCAUGUGCUGGAUGUGAAGCCCAUCACGCUCCUGAUGGAGUCUUCGGAUGCCAUGAACCUGGCCUGCUUAACGGCUGGAUACUACCGUCUGCUUGUGGAUUCCAGGAGGUCGAUAUUUAACAUGGCCAACAAGAAAAACACAGGGACCCAGGACACAGGAACUGAAAAUAAAGGAAAGCACAACAUGCUUGGUCCCGAGUGGAACUGUAUACCCCAAAUGACCACCUUCAUUGGUGAAGAGGAGCAGGAAGCUCAGAUAACAUACAUAGAUGCAAAGCAGAAGGCAGUUGAGAUUCCGGAUGGCACCUUGUGUCCAAAAGACCACCACCGGCACUUGUAUGUGGACAACACCUAUAACUCAGAUGAGCUGACCCAGCAGCUGACCCAGCCGGGUGAGGCUCCAUGUGAGGCAGACUACAGAAGUCUAGCUCAGCGGUCCCUGUUGAGCCUCUCAGGCCCAGAAACUCUUAAGAAAGCACAGGAGUCUCCGAGAGGAGCCAAAGUGUCCUUUAUUUUUGGAGAUCUCGCCUUGGAUGAGGGGGUCACUGCCCCCACCCUCGGCUAUGAAAGGCUAUUGGACGAGAGUCCAGAACUGCUGGAGAAGCAGAGCAACCUCUACAUAAGCGGUGCCAACGACAUGAAGAGCUUGGGUCUCACUCCAGACGCAGAGAGCGUCCAGUUCGUGGCCAAUUCUGUGUACGCAAACAUAGGCGACGUGAAGAACUUCGAGGCUGCGGAGGGCAUAGAGGAGCCCCUGCUGCACGACAUCUGUUACGCAGAGAACACAGAUGACGCGGAGGACGAGGAUGAGGUGAGCUGUGAGGAGGACCUCGUGGUGGGAGAGAUGAGCCAGCCGGCCCUUCUCAGCCUCUCUGGCUCAAGCGAUGACAUCAUCGACCUCACGUCCUUGCCCCCUCCCGAAGGGGACGACAAUGAGGAUGAUUUCCUGUUGCGUUCCCUGAACAUGGCCAUCGCCGCGCCCCCACCUGGCUUCAGAGAUAGUUCCGAUGAGGAGGACUCUCAGAGCCAAGCCGCUUCCUUCCUCGAGGACAAGGAGCCAGGUGGCACCCUGCAGAACGACGAGAUCCCCGUGUCCCUCAUCGACGCUGUGCCCACCAGCACUGAGGGCAAGUGUGACACAGGCCUGGAUAACACUGGCGUUUCCACACUGGACACUCUGGAAGCUCUGUCCGUGUCAGAAGAUCCGCAGACCAGUGACAAUUCAGGUGUAGCCAUCUUGCGGGCUUAUAGUCCCGAGUCCUCCUCUGACUCGGGCAAUGAGACUAACUCUUCUGAAAUGACGGAGAGUUCUGAACUGGCCACGGCCCAGAAGCAGUCAGAAAACCUCUCCCGCAUGUUCUUGGCCACUCACGAAGGCUACCACCCCUUGGCGGAAGAGCAGACAGAGUUCCCCGCCUCCAAAAGCCCUGCUGGGGGCUUGCCUCCAAAGGCCUCCCACACUCUGGCCGCCCGUCCGGUGAGUGACCUCCCGCCCAAAGUUGUGCCUUCCAAGCAGAUGCUUCACUCGGACCACAUGGAGAUGGAGCCCGAAACCAUGGAGACCAAGUCAGUCACUGACUAUUUUGGCAAACUGCACCUUGGGCCGAUGGCGUAUUCCUGCACCAGCAAAAGGAAAAGCCAGCCGGCCGAUGGGGAGGGGAAAGCACCCCUUAAUGGGAGCAUGCCAGGGAAAAAACAGCAGGGGAUCAAAACAGCUGAGGCAGAAGAGGACGCCAAAGGUGGUAAAUUUGCUACUGUGUCUUCAAGGGACAGUCAACACCUCAGCACUUUUAACCUGGAGAGAACUGCCUUCCGCAAGGACAGCCAAAGAUGGUACGUGGCCACUGAGGGCGUUGUGGCUGAAAAAACUGGAUUGGAAGCAGCACCAGGCAUCACCUUUCCCAGAGCUUCGGGUGUGGGGAGCAGGGACACCGAAGGGAAGGAUGACAGGGCUCCCGAGGGAGAAGCCAUCGAGGUUUCGGGACUUGGCCCACGGGACCACUUCUUAACAGACGUCACCUGUGUGUCUUCCGCCAAAGACUUAGGUAACCCGGAGGAUGCCGACCCGUCCGGCUGUGACCGUCCAGCCAAGCUCCCGGAAGCAGAGGAGGGCGUGGGCCGCCUUUGUGACUACCACUUGGCCAAGAGGAUGUCGUCGUUGCAAAGUGAGGGCCAUUUUUCUCUCCAGAGCUCUCAAGGCUCCUCGGUGGAUGCAGGCUGUGGCACGGGCAGCAGCAGCAGCACGUGCGCCACUCCGGUGGAGUCCCCCCUCUGCCCCUCCCUGGGGAAGCACCUGAUGGCCGAGGCGUCCGCAAAAGGCGUGAGUUACCUUCCCUCCGAGGAGAGAGCCCCAGGGCUGCCCAACCAUGGGGCCACCUUUAAGGAAUUACACCCACAGACAGAAGGGAUGUGUCCGCGGAUGACGGUGCCUGCCCUGCAUACAGCCAUUAAUGCCGAACCCCUGUUUGGCACACUGAGAGACGGAUGUCAUCGACUCCCCAAGAUUAAGGAAACCACAGCUUUGACAGAGCCUGGGAAGGAGAGACGAGGAGGCAUGCCUUCAGCUUGGUCUCAAUAUCCUGAAGCUGAUCCCACCCUGCUACCAUCAAACAUUCACUCGGAAUCAAAGGUGCCAAUUCCAAAUCAAGACCCUAACGAUUUCUCCCAAGCAAACCAGGCCUAUGGAGAGGCUGUGAGCUGGUGGCCACUGGAUCUGAGAAGGGGGAGCCUCAGGACAUCCCCCAGCCAGAGGGCUCUGAGACGGAGCAGCAGUAUCCUCUCAGGAUCUGUCAGUUUGGAGACCUUCCGGGAGAGAAGCCAGGGUGCGGUCAGCUUAAAGUGUCCAGGUAUCACAGAAGCACAGGAGACCAGUUCAGAAAGGCGAGCAGAACUCCCCCUAGGGAAGAAGCUCACCAAAAGUUUUUCCCAAAGCUCGAUGCACUUUAGCUCUGAGGGGAAAGUUCACAAAAAGUCCCCGGUGGCCCACAAAGACUCAAAGCUGUAUAGGACAUUGCCCUUGCGGAAGCUGGAAGGCAGCCAUUGGAGAUGCCGGGGACCUUUCAGCUACUGCUUCCUGAACCGAGGGCAGGAUGAAGAUGGUGAUGAGGAUGAAGAGGAGGGAGAGGCCACCCAUCAAGUCUCUUGCCUCUUUCGACCACAGAUGACUCAAGCCAUGCCAGACCCAACCAGCCCACCCCUGGCUGUUGGAAUUCAGAAGCAAGGAGGAGAGCUGUCCAGAGCUUCAGUGCUGAAGGUCUGGGCCGAAGACUUGAGUGGCCCAGAUGAUGUGGACUUCAGCAACCUAGCUUUUGAUGCCCAGAUUGCAAGGAUAAAUGCCCUUAAGGAGAGCACAUAUACAAUGCCCGAUGGGUUCCUCGCAGCCCAAAAUGAUGCCAAUGAGCUGCUCUGCCUUGUCAGGGCAACCAAGGGAAAGAAAGAGGAGUCACGCCCUGAAGCAUAUGACCUAACACUUUCUCAGUACAAGCAGCUAUUAUCCAUUGAGUCCAGACAGUUGGGAAGUGCCUGUCGGAAAAUGGCAAUGGCUGAGAAAAGCCCAGAAGAGAUGCUCCUAGCUAUGACUUCCAGCUUUCAAGUGCUCUGUUGCCUAACAGAAGCCUGCAUGCGAUUAGUUAAAGUCGUGAACUCCGAAACACAGCGGCAGGAAAUAGUAGCGAAGAUCGAUGAAGUGGUCAUAAACUACAUCUGUCUCCUGAAAGCUGCUGAGGCAGCCACUGGAAAGACCACUGGUGAUCCCAAUGUUGGACUCUCGAUGCGACAUUCAACCACCAUGGCUGCUCUCGUAAGCACACUAACACGUUCUCUCAAGAUGCUUUUAAAUAAAUAAAGUAUGAAAGUCACAUCAUAAUCUACCUUUGCAAAGCCAUACAUGAACUUUUAUUUACUUUAUGUGUACGAUGAACAGACGUCUCCUUUCUUCUCUCUGUAUAUUUUGUUAUUUUCUAUGAAAUAGGAGAUAAAAGUCACAUUGAUGAAAAGUUGCAAUGUACUAAUCCAGAUGUAUUCUGUUUAUAUUAUACAUAUAUACAUGUAAAAGAAAUAUACAAGAAAGUGGUGACAUUUGGCUAUUUUUCAUAUAGUCAAAACUCCAGGUAUGUGAUGUGAAAUUUUAAUUUCUACUGUGUUGGAGCAAAACAAUGAAUCCUACCCCCUUUCCUUCCAAGCUGAUACUUGGAGACCAUAUCAUUCAUAUUUAGAAGUAGAAAAGAAAAGGAAAGAAAAAUCACAAUGUAUAUAAAACAGUACUUAUGUUUUAAAGCUAUGAUUUUUAAGCAUUGGAAAUAGCAAAAAAAUUUAAAAUUCAAAAAGCUAUUAUGAAUUAUUAGAGAAUAUAUAUAAUAAAUUAAUUUUUGCUCAUAGUGUUUGGUUAUCUGAUGCUUUUUUCUAAGAAUCCUACAUAUUUCAUUUUGGCUUAUGCCAUUUGGGCUAGAAAUGGGGUGGGAAUGGAUUCUAUUGUGUCAACACAAAUGUUCUUCAUGAUGUUUCUAGAAUGAAUGUACUUCCCAAAUAGAAGAACAGAGGGAAUGAUGGGCAGGUUUCUGGAUAAUACCUACUUAUAGACUAAUUAUGGAAAGUGAAAGUAAUUCAGAAUACCAAAAUUAAAUUGUUUGAUGAAAAGAAAGCUCUGUUUUGACUCAGUGUCAAAAUAUACAAACCAAAGACAAUCUCUAUGCCUGCCAUUUCAGCCAUGAAACAUAGGAUUCCCUUCAGAGUGACAGAGCAUUUAGAGAAGUAUUUGCAAAACUACAAAAAGGAACAUAAAAUGAUCCUCACAAGUAAAUGCAGGUCCAGUAACUUGAAGCAGACCACACAUCAGGCUGUGAGUCACAUCACAAAUCACAGCUCUCAGCAAAGAGCUUCAUGCAUCCCCUCUGCAGGAGCCCAUGCUUCCAACCAAAUUUGCAAUGACAGCCUAACACUGGGACAAAGUUUUGAAUCUGGAAUGUUACAGAAAAUCAGGGAAAGAUAGUUACUCUAAUAUGGAAGCCAUACUUAAAUAAAUAAUGAAGUAUUUAUGAAAUGUUCUAGUCUGGAUUGGCUGAUAGAAAUAUGUAAACUGGGAAAAAAUUAAAAAAAAAAAAAAGAGUGGUAAACUUGACCGCUUUAAGUGAACCUGAUGUAAUGCAAAGAAGUUUUUAGAACCAUCGUCUCUCUAAAAAUGUAUCUUUGGGUCAAAGCAAAAGGAUUCAAAUUCUGCAGUUGUAAAAUAAAGUUGAUAAUGUACAUAUGUACUUCAUGGCUCUUUUAGUGUUCAAGCUACACACACUCUUAUUUAUGUAGGUGGCUUCUUAAAAUAUGACAGGAGUGUGCCCAGUGCAAAUAUUUCCAUUUUUGUAGGCAUAACACAGUCCCCAGUUGCUAUCUCUCUCAUCAGUCGUUCCAUAGAGACUCAGUAAAAAAAAGCCACCCAUAUUUAUAGGUGGUAGCAAACAAAAGGAGUUUAGACAUGUGUUAUUACAAUGUUUAAUAAAACAUUAUUUGAUUACAAUUAUAAAUAUUGGUGUUUGAUAGAAGUAUUAAUGGUGUUUACUGUGGAAAAUUUUGGUAAAUAUUCUGUAUACUAAAAUAUUAAUAGGAUUGUGUUCUAUGUCAGACAAUGUGUGAAACAUAUAUAUUAUCUCAUUUAAUCAUCACAAUGAUCUCAUGGUUUGGACGCUAUCAUUAAUUCCAUAUGGAGGCAAUAUGGUCUCAUAGUUAAGGACAUGAAAUUUGGGGUCAGACACUUCUUGAUUUAAAUUUCGGCUCUGCCAUUUUCUAUUCCUUUCAUCUUGGGAAAGAUAGUCAAUUUUUCUCAGUCUCAAGUUCCUUCUAGUAAAAUGGAAGUCAGUAAUAAGAUCUAUUUCCAUAGGAUUGUCAUGAGUUUUAAGUAAAAAUAUGUAUAUGAAGUUCUUACUGCAAUACCUGGCAGACAGUAAGUACUCAGUGUUAUAUAUCAUUAGCAUCAUAAGCAUUGCAUUAAAUAUAUUGCCCAAGAUAACAUGUGGGGGCUGUUUGUUUUAUAUGCAUAUUGUAUCCUGACUGUGCAGAAUACAUUAGUGUACUGCAUAUGUAUAAAAGAACUGUACAAGAACGUGACAUCUCCAGUUAGAACACCGUCCCAGUCCAUUUAAUUUCUUUCGGAGGCCUCAGUGAAAUAGCUCUGGGUCUUUCUAAUCAAUCUCCCAGAACCUUUGGGUGCACCAAUAAAUUUUUGUUUCAUAUAAACAAACUCUUUACUACUUAGAAAACCUCAAAAGCUCCCCUGUUGCUAGUGCUGCUCCUAAGUGGGGUCCAGAUCCACUAGAGUGUAGGAAGAAUGUAUUAGAAUGAUCCGUGUGUUUAUUUUUAUCUAGCCUUUUUUACAUUUGUGUAUGUUUUAUAACGGCCUAAGAGCACAGUGGUGUAUGUACAUCAUUUUAAAUAAAUCAAUUAAUAAGCA